AAAUCAAAGAUGUUAAGUCGAGAAUCUGAGGGCGAUGGGCAUCCCUGGCCAUAGCCUCGUCUCCUGUUGUGCAAAUGGUUCGCCGUAUUCAGCAGUCCUUAUCUGGCAAUUGCGCAGGCGUGUACUAUGAUCCGAUGCACCCAAGAUUUCGAGCUUCGCGGUCCAACGUCGAUCUACAAAUGUCUAUGUUCGGACUGAAGGAAACAACCUAACGCCUGGCCACUCUCUCCUAUGGUCCUUCAUCCUUGAAUUCCCACGUCUCCGUGACACAUAUACCUCGUCACCUCCAGUCGCUCCCCUAGACCGCAGGAAGGGAGCUUGAGUUCAUCCCAGCGAAGUUUGAUAUAAAGAUUUACCCAAAGCUCCGAGGUCCGCGAAUCGAGCUCCUUCCUAUUUCCCACCACGUACAAACUAUACUCUACUUUCACCAAGAGAGCGAGUCGACCGAAUUUAUUUCAGCCGUCAUUCACAGAUCAAAAUGGGAUUCACAACCGGCUUCCUCGGAGGCAUGACCCUCACAUACUCCGUCUUAUACCUCGGUCUGUACAUGCACCGAGCAAACCGCAACGUUCAAAAAACACUCCUAUCUCAACAAACCUACGUCAUCAACACCAUCGUCGAGCCACCCACUCCUCUGCCCGAUCCACCCGCGUACGAAGUCCGCAAAGCCGGUCUCGCAGAAGAACUCAAAGAUCGCUGGAACCGCGAAGUUGAGAAACUUGUCAAAAACGUCCAAGAGACGGACUGGUCUGCGAAGCGCCAGCUUUAUGAGGAUAAAUUGGCUACCGCGUGGAACUCGAUUCGAGAAAGUGAUUUCGGCAAACAAGUUGAGGGGAAUGUCAAGGAGAUUCAAAAAGAUGUCAAGGACAAAGCAAAGGACCUUGAGCAGAAGGUCCGCGACGGAGUCAAGAGUGGCGAGGAUAAGUUAUCGAGUGUGGUGGACGAUGCUUCUGGAAAAGCCAAGGAAGCUGGGCGGCCGAAGAGAUUGUUGGAAAUCAACUGAAAUCACGACCUUCUGAACGUCAGAACCCUUACAUCUGGACCAGAAGAUUGUAUCGUCCCUAGGGCCGUUGCAGCCGCUGCGCGCCUGGAUGUGUAGCUUGUCUCUCCCGCUCGAAAGGCUUUCGUGGCAAUGUCAACUGUCCACACGGCUGGUCGAGAGUCAAGCGAACACAUCCAAAGGGAAUCCAGAGACCAUGGGCCGUCCACGAACAACAAGCCACUAAUCGUCCAUCCGAUGUCGCCGUCCAGACGUCCACCACCACGUCACAGUGUACGACUUCGACAAACACGCAAAGCCCACGAAUCAAGCUCUGUCCCGCCAAUCGUCAUUGAUCAUCAAGAACAUGCUUGUCUUCAGGACUUUGAUGUGCGUCUCCGCAGCAUUGAAGCGUGGUUUUCCCGAGGCACACCGUCACUGUGAGCCACAUGCAAGGCUUGAUCUUGUGAGAACAUGACGAAGUUGGUCAUGACGAAGUUGGGGCAAUGAAUCGGAUCCAUGACCCCCUCCCUUCUCGAACGCGCGGCCAUGUCAAAAUUGCAUGGUCCAGAGAAUAUGCAUAAUAACAAGGUAUCGGGUAGAACUUAGAACUUCACAGUGCUGUUAGGUAGAUGUACCAAGACUAGUGGGGCGAGAUGAAUAAUGAUAUAUCAAACUAGAUGGA